AUGGGUAUCUGCGGACUCGUUAGUUGUAUAUCCUCUACAUCUUUUGAGAUUCAACCUGUUGAUUUUGGUAAUGAAAAUGUUGUUAAUUAUGAUGACAACAACAUUAAUGGGAACCAACAAGUAAUUGGUUCUGUUUUUUCUCAACAAGGAAACAAAGGAAUCAAUCAAGAUUCUGCUAUUCUCUAUCAGGGGUAUGGUGUAGAAAAUGGAGUUUUUGGUGGAGUUUUCGACGGGCAUGGAAAGAAUGGACAAGUAGUUAGUAAGUUUGUUAUGAAUAAGUUGCCAUCUUUGCUGCUGAAAUAUAUACUUUCUUUGCCAAAGAUCACUUCUCCGAAACAAAAUGUUAAACUUGUUGAUGAGGAAUCAGUGAAGAACAAGAAUUUUAACAAAUGGAAAGAGGCGUGUUUGAGUUCCUUUAAGGUGAUGGAUAAAGAUAUUAAAAGUCUUGAGAAAUUGGAUUGUUCUUGUAGUGGAACAACCGCUGUCGUUGCUAUAAGACAGGAUGAUGAUCUGAUUAUCGCGAAUCUUGGAGAUUCUCGAGCUAUACUAGGAAGAAAGACAGAGGAGGGAGUAAUUGAGGCUGUUCAGUUAACUACUGAUUUGAAGCCUAGCUUGCCUUCUGAAGCAGAAAGAAUAAGGAACUGUGAUGGUAGAGUUCUUGCAUUGAAAGAAGAGCCACAUAUACAGAGAGUGUGGUUACCCCAUGAAGAUGUUCCUGGAUUGGCCAUGUCACGAGCUUUUGGAGAUUUCAUGCUAAAAAACUAUGGAAUAAUCUCUAAGCCUGAUGUCUCUUAUCACCACAUUUCACCAAAUGACCAAUUUCUUGUUCUAGCAACUGAUGGGGUGUGGGAUGUGCUGAGCAACGAUCAAGUCGUUUCCAUAGUGUGUGCAACAAAUAAUGCAGCAGCAGCCGCAGAGGCAGUAGUACAAGCUUCUUUAGAUGCAUGGAAACAGAAGUUUCCAAACAGCAAGAGAGACGACAGCACUGUCAUCUGCCUGUUCUUGCAAUAACAACAUGUUUCUCCUAAAAAUAAUACUUGAGCUAU